AUGGCCACUCCACAAAUCCCCCCGCCGGACGCGGCACAACUUCUGGCACCGUUCCUACCUGCUCUCCCACCGUCCACCAUCUCUAAAGAGCCUGCCAUUGGCAUCCUGCCACUCCUCUCUCCUAUACUACGUCAGCGAGUCAAGCUUUUGUCUACGUCCAGCUCUGAGCCAUGGAUCCAGCUGCUCUGCUACGACAAAGCCAAAAUACCAGAACUAGUACAGAUUGCCCAGGGUGGUAGCCUCGAGCCGCAUCCUGUGUCUGGCGAGGUCGAGGUUGACUGGGAUUAUGAUGCCGAGACACGAUUUCGACGAGUUGACGAAGAGACUCUACAAGCCCUCGUUGCACUUUCCACACUUGGAUUGGCGUUCCAGCUGAUAUACUGUGUUGGAGAUGUUGAAGGUGGUGGCGAUGGCUGGAGAGUAGGCGAGGUUACCGUCACAGACAAGCCGUCGCCUUUCUUGCAGUUUGGAGGCGCCUCUAAUAUCGCAGAGGCUGAGCGACAGUUCGUUGAGACCCAGGCCAAGAAGGUUACCAAUAUCGCCAAGGAUACCAAUGGCCAUAGCCAGAGUUUACAGGUUCCAGAUAAUGGCCACGAUGACGAGGACGAUGACGAUGAUUACUGGGCACGAUAUGAUGCAACACCAGCCCGUACCCCCGCACAAAAGUCGCCCGCUCCUGUUUCCAAGACCACUUCACAAGUCGGCGAUGUACGAGCAGCUUCAGCAGAGGAUGCAUACUUUGCCCAGUACGACAGUGUACAGCCUGCUAUGGACAAUCAUGAUCCUGAUGAAGAGGAGGUCGCAGCGCAGCUUUCCCCGCCGCUCGGCAUGGGAAGGGCACACGAGUCUGCUGAAGCUACAGAGCUCAACGAGACCCAGGGUGCAUGGACGCUGGCAGAACUUGAUCCCAAGGAAUCAACACAGAACGGAAACAAUGCUGAUUCUGCGCUACUACACCCUCGUCCAGCUUCUAGUGCAAGCUCCAAUGGCUCAGAGACGGUUGCCAAGCUCGAGGCUUCCGCUGGCAAACAGACACAGAACGAGUUUGGUGUGAAGCAACACGUUUCGCGCAGCAUCCGAAGUUUGUUCUUGCUUUCAAGAGCGUCAGGUAUUGACCGCCACGAGUUUGAGAAUCUUGUCAAGGCUGAGCUUGAUGUUCUUGGUAUGAUUGAGGAUCAAGAACAAGUUUGA